AUGUCCACGGUAAAGGCAGCCGCCGCCGCACCAACAGGAUCGAUCCUUCAGUGCAGAAGUUCAGCACCGAAGUCGAAGAUGGGAGAGAAUGAGGAAAAACGUGGUGGCGCGAGCGAAGGAACUACACACACACAGAACCUUGUAACCGUUGACACUGCUCAGACCUCCCAACCAUCCGCCACUCGACCACCAGCCCCCACGAGCGGCUUGGGUCAGGUGAUCCCGAUCUCACCACCGAAUGGUCAAUUGGGCAGCCGCAACACCGUACCACCUCAAAGACAGGGGUUGUUCCAGGGACAGGGAGUCAUGGGAAACAUGCAGGAGCCUGCCGCAGGAGGGGGUGCCUAUUGGGGGACAAUGGGCGGGUAUACGUAUGGUGUCGCGCCGACGGGGUCUGCAUCUAACGCAUUUUAUCCAUCAGCAAGAAAUGGAGGCUGUGUCUUCCCACCGCUGCAGGGGAGGAUGGCCGGCUACCCCCCAGCUGUUCCGCCGCCGCCGAGUUUGUUUCAAGGGCAGUUUCCCUCCGGGGGCAGAGGGAUUGUCGCCACUGGUUGUGGGGCACGGAGUGUGUGUGGAUACGCUCUCGACGGGUUUGCGCGUGGCGGACGCGUGCGUCAACAUACCACGGGAACGAGCGCACAUGAGGGGGCAGUGUGUGAAAGUGUGCACGGACCUGCUCUGGGUGACGUGUCCAACCCCCUCCCUUACUCAGUGUAUGGGGAGGGUCAUGCUUUUCCGUCGUUGCCAGGGAGGCUUGCUGGGCACUUGCCUCAACGGAGGAACUCAUUCCAGCAGCAAGGGUCAUUCCAUAGCCAAAGGGAGCUCGGUGACCUGCAUGCAUCCGCCGCGGGAGAAAGUAUCUAUGGUGGAUGUGGUUACGCCCUCAGUUUUCGUUGCUUUGUUCCCGGAACCUCAGACACGGGAGUAUGUGGCUCAGCGGUGCAUGAUUCUUCUUAUGGGAACCGUAAUGGUAUCUCACAGAUGGGGAGCAUAUAUGGCAACGGAGUGGGUCGUGUGCCAUCACCAUUGAGGACCAGUUUGUGCCCCGUCAUCGCAACCAUCAAGGACCACGUGCCGCUGCAGAGAAGUGGACUGCGUGGUGGGAAUGUUGUAGCCGUCGGGGCGGCCAAAUGUGGUGGUGAGGGCCGGUCUGCGGAUGAGCUGAAACCUGUGCUGGCUUCCCCUGGGAGAUCCCUUGCUUCCCAGAGUGAGUGUUCCCCUGCCGGUGAUGACUCGAGUGCACAGACCCUUGUACUCGAAAACUACAACAUUCACUCGCUCGUCAUUCUCGAUAAGGAUGAGGGACCCUCAGAUAAGGUAGUUGUGACUGUGAAGGACCCUCGGACGGUGGUCUUCAGACGGAGCGAUGGGGGAGAAGAGGAGCAUGUUAACGAUGAGUGCCUUGAGCGUAGCGAGGCGUCGGCAUAUGUGAACUCUGUGUUACUCAACGACCUCCGACUGAACUGGAUAGCUGGCCGUACCUCUGCACUGCUUGUGGGGGCUGGGAGGAACUGUGGAGAUACAUCGGUGACUUUUGCGGGUGAUUUUCUCCAAAGGUGCCUUGAGAGUGUGGAAGGCGCCAAGGAGAAGUGCAAGUAUUUCGACGUAACUAUAACGCUGGGUAUGAUGGAAUCCUCUGACCGCAUUCUUGAUCUCCUCGACACUGAGAAGAAAGGCUACGAAAGGGUGCAGCUUGCAUCCAAUCCCGUGUACGGGCCGUGUUUGCUUGGGAUGAAAACGAAGAAGGCAACCUCCUCUAAGGAGUGUAUGGAGGUGUUUAACAGUGCUAUGCAACUCGUUGAUAAUCCAAAGCACCUCAUCGUCGGUUUUUUCGUCCUGAAACAACUGAAGAAAACUGCCAACGGUGGGGAUGUAUACCUCUCUUCGUUAUGCAUUGGGCUCGCUAAGGAAGAGGUCUCGCGGUUUGCCGCGUUGAAGGAGAAGGACACGUCCGAGCCACACCGGCUGUUCCGAUACGCGAUCGGUGGCGGCAGUGUUACAGUUUCCACCCUGAUUCUCUCUCAAUGUGACACGGGCGCUAGCGACAGUCUCGACGUCGAACGCAGGAUGCGGGAAGUGAAAAACACUCCACCGCGGAUCGGUAGUGUGCUUCGGUGUGUGGAAUCAGCGAAAAAGGAGAUAAACAGACAGCAGGAGAAGAUGAAGGAUAUGGACAGCACCGGGAAGGAGCCCACGGCGAGACUGGUAAGCCGUAUGGAGUCGAUAGUAAGGGAUGCGGAGGAGAUGCUGGCUAAUCCGAUUACCACAGCGCCCAAGGGAUACCUCAUUGUUUAA